UUUAGUCUCUCUGUAGUUUUGCAUUUGGUUUUGAAAAAGAAAGAAAAUACUCAAAAGGCCUCGUACUACAGUUUCUACAUUCUUGAUUUCUUCUCUUGUGUGAUGUAGUUUUUUAAACCCAAAUAUAAACUCAAAAAUAUUUUUAAAGAUUAUGGAAAAUGCAUUAGUAAAGUAUUCAAUUAUUUAGUCUUGAUUUGUAAAAUUUCCACACUGGUGGGCUUUAGUAUCACUUAUACGCUGGCUUCACUCUGUUUUCCUUGCUGGUUGCAGGGAUUGUUUUGGAUUCCAUUCCUUUCACCUCUUGAGAGAAGUGCAUUCGAGAGGAGGAUGAAAUAAUGCAAUAGUAAUUUAAAUUGAAUGAAUUUGUGGCCUCAAUUUGUGUAUGCAGGUUUUAAAGAGGAGUUUAGGGAAAGGAGGAGGAGAGAAGAGGAGAUGAGGAUGAUGGUAACAUUUUGAGCUUUUCCUUAUCCUAGAGGUCAGUAUGGAAAUCCUUUAAGUAAAUAUAUUAGACAUUAUGAAGGAUUAUCUUAUGAUGUGGAUUCAUUACACCAAAAACACCAGCGUGCUAAAAGAGCAGUUUCGCACAAGGACCAGUUUUUACACCUAGAUUUCCACGCCCAUGGGAGACAUUUCAAUCUACGAAUGAAGAGGGACACCUCCCUUUUCAGUGAUGACUUUAAAGUAGAAACAUCAGGUAGAGUACUUGAUUACGAUACCUCUCAUAUUUACACUGGACAUAUUUUUGGUGAAGAAGGAAGCUUUAGCCAUGGGUCUGUUAUUGAUGGAAGAUUUGAAGGAUUCAUCCGGACUCUUGGUGGCACAUUUUAUGUUGAGCCAGUAGAGAGAUAUAUUAGAGGCCGAAGUCUGCCAUUUCACUCUGUCAUUUAUCAUGAAGAUGAUAUUAGCUAUCCCCAUAAAUACGGUCCAAAGGGAGGCUGUGCAGAUCAUUCAGUGUUUGAAAGGAUGAGGAAAUACCAGGUGACCGGUGUAGAGGAAGUGACGCUGAUGCCUCAGAGAGAACAUGCUGCUAAUGGUCCAGAACUCCUGAGAAAAAAACGUACAACUUCUGCUGAAAGAAAUACUUGUCAACUUUUUAUUCAGACUGAUCAUCUGUUCUUUAAAUAUUAUGGAACACGGGAAGCUGUGAUUGCCCAGAUAUCCAGUCAUGUCAAAGCGAUUGAUACCAUCUACCAGAACACAGACUUCUCUGGGAUCCGCAACAUCAGGUUCAUGGUGAAACGAAUACGAAUCAAUUCAACUGCUGAUGAGAAGGACCCUACAAAUCCUUUCCGAUUCCCAAAUAUUGGUGUGGAGAAGUUUCUGGAAUUGAAUUCCGAGCAGAAUCACGAUGACUACUGUUUGGCCUACGUCUUCACAGACCGAGAUUUUGAUGACGGCGUUCUAGGGCUGGCUUGGGUCGGAGCACCUUCAGGAAGCUCUGGAGGAAUAUGUGAAAAAAGUAAGCUCUACUCCGAUGGUAAAAGGAAGUCCUUAAACACUGGAAUAAUUACUGUUCAGAACUAUGGGUCUCACGUACCUCCCAAAGUCUCUCACAUUACUUUUGCUCAUGAAGUCGGACACAACUUCGGAUCUCCACAUGAUUCUGGAACAGAGUGCACUCCAGGAGAAUCUAAGAAUUUAGGACAAAAAGAAAAUGGCAAUUACAUCAUGUAUGCGAGGGCGACGUCCGGGGACAAACUUAACAACAAUAAAUUCUCCCUCUGUAGCAUUAGAAAUAUAAGUCAAGUUCUCGAGAAGAAGAGAAACAGCUGUUUUGUUGAAUCCGGCCAGCCUAUCUGUGGGAAUGGAAUGGUAGAGCAAGGCGAAGAGUGUGAUUGUGGCUACAGUGACCAGUGUAAAGAUGAUUGUUGCCAUGACGCCAACCAGGCAGAGGGGAGGAAGUGCAGGCUGAGACCCGGCAAACAGUGCAGUCCAAGUCAAGGUCCCUGUUGUACAGCUCAGUGUGUCUUCAAGUCGAAGUCCGAGAAGUGUCGGGAUGAUUCAGACUGUGCAAAAGAAGGAAGGUGCAGCGGCUUGACAGCCCUCUGCCCAGCAUCUGAGCCUAAACCAAACUUGACAGACUGUAACAGGCAGACGCAAGUGUGCAUUAGUGGGCAAUGCACAGGUUCUAUCUGUGAGAAGUACAGCUUGGAGGAGUGUACCUGUGCCAGUACCGAUGGCAAAGAUGAUAAGGAAUUAUGCCAUGUUUGCUGUAUGAAGAGAAUGGAUCCGUCAAGUUGUGCCAGUACAGGAUCCGUGCAGUGGAAUAAGUACUUCCGUGGUCAGACCAUCACCCUGCAACCUGGAUCUCCUUGCAAUGAUUUUAGAGGCUAUUGUGAUGUUUUCAUGCGGUGCAGAUUAGUAGAUGCUGACGGUCCGCUAGCUAGGCUUAAAAAAGCCAUUUUUAGCCCAGAGCUCUAUGAAAACAUUGCCGAGUGGAUUGUGGCUCAUUGGUGGGCAGUAUUACUUAUGGGAAUUGCCUUGAUCAUGUUAAUGGCUGGAUUCAUUAAGAUAUGCAGUGUUCAUACUCCAAGCAGUAAUCCAAAGUUGCCUCCUCCUAAACCACUUCCAGGCACUUUAAAGAGGAGGAGACCUCCACAGCCCAUUCAGCAGCCCCCGCGUCAGCGGCCCCGGGAGAGCUACCAGAUGGGACACAUGCGACGUUGACUACAGCUUUGCCUUGGUUCUUCCUAGUGCCUACAGUGGGAACUUCACUCCAAAGAGAAACCUGUUACGUCAGCAUCCCCAAACGACACCCUCACAAACAACAGUCGAAGAAAAAUGGCAAGAGAGCAUGUCCUCAGACCAGGUGGAAUUACUUAAAUUUUAAAGCCUGAAAAUUCCAAUUUGGGGGGGUGGGUGGGUGGUGGAAAAGGAGCCCAAUUUUCUUAUGGACAGAUAUUUUUAACCUUAUGGCACAAAGUCUUAGAAUGUUAUUACGUGCCCCAUGUUCCCUGUUCUUCGUUGCUGCAUUUUUCUUCACUUGCAGGCAGACUUGGCUCUCGAUAAACUUUUAUCACAGAUUGAAAUAUAUAUAUAUUUUUUUCAACUGCCAGUCACGGCUAGGAGGCUCGACCACCUCAACAUUGGAGACAUCACUUGCCAAUGUACAUACCUUGUUAUAUGCAGACAUGUAUUUCUUACGUACACUGUAUUUCUGUGUGCAAUUGUAAACAGAAAUUGCAAUAUGGAUGUUUCUUUGUAUUAUAAAAUCUUUCCGCUCUUAAUGAAAAAUUACUGUUUAAUUGACAUACUCAGGAUAACAGAGAAUGGUGGUAUUCAGUGGUCCAGGAUUCUGUAAUGCUUUACACGGCAGUUUGGAAUGAGAAUCCGUUUCCCUUUUUCUGACGAUGGAGUUGGUUCUCUGUUUGUUUUCUUUUUAUCAAAUGGCUGCUAAGAAGAGCGCGUGAGUUACUGUGCUUAAGAACGCAGUCAGAGAAAUGUGCAAACUGGACAUACCCAGCGUACUACUUAAGAGUUAGUUCUUUAUGUAGACGUCUGAUUUCUGCUUACUUAUUUUAAACUUUCUAAUUCCAUUUUUGAAUUGAUAGGUGAAAUUUUGUUCAUGCUUUGGUAGAAAUUAUGUCAGUGAAAUGAUUCUUUUUAUCUGUAGCCUACUUAUUUGUGUCUUUCAUAUAUCUGAAGUGUGCUAAUUAUGUUUUUGUUUCUGUCUGACAUGGAAAAGAAAACCUGUGUAUUUUACCAAAAUGAGCAGUUUUUUCAGCACAUCAUCAUUAAUCAUUGGUAACCACUGAAGAAGAGUAAUUUGCUCAACUAGUAGUUGAAUUGUAGAUAGGCCUUCUGACGUUUUUUUCCUAAAAUAUUUUAACAGUAAUGAAGGUGAAACAGCACAACGUCCCAUCCCAAAUUUAUUUUUUAAACAGAUGUAAAUAAUUGGCAUUUUAAAGAAAGAAAGCAAAAGCAUUUAAUGUAUUAACAGGCUUAUUGCUAUGCAGGAAAUGGAAGGGGGCAUUAAAAAAAUUAAGCUUGUGACAUAUUUAUUGCUUCUGUUUUCCAACUACGUCACUUAAAUUAGAGGUAAACAGCUAUGAUUUCCUGGUUCGCGUAGGAGGCAAAUUUAGGGAAGGUUGAAAAGAUUUCUGUGUUUGGGCUUUUUUUUUUUUUUUUCCUUUUUUUCUUAAGAGUAUAAGGUUUACACAAUCAUUCUCAUAAUGUGACGCAAGCCAGCAAGGCCAAAAAUGCUAGAGAAAAUAAUGGGAUCUCUUCCUUGUAAACUUGUACAGUACGUGGUGACUUUUUUCAAAAUACAGCUUUUUGUACAUGAUUUAGAGACAAAUUUUGUACAUGAAACCGCAGAUAGACUAUAAAUAAUUCUAAACAAACAAGUAGGUAGAUAUGUAUGUAAUUGCUUUUAAAUCAUUUAAAUGCCUUGGUUUUUGGACUGUGCAAAGUUUGGAAGUGGGUUUGCAUUUCUAAAAUUGUGACUUUUAUUCUGCAAGAGUUCUUAGUAACUUCUUGAGUGUGGUAGACUUUGGAACAUGUAAAUUUUUUGCUUGUAAUGUUAUCCUGUGGUAGGAUUUUGGCAGGUACACACUGCCCUAUUUUAUUUUGAGUCUAAGUUAAAUGUUUUCUGAAAAGAGAUACGUGCACUGAACUCUUUCCACUGCAAAUCAAGAUGUGGUAAAAACAAGAGGAUCAAGACAAAUGGGAUCUCAUACUACUGUCAGUGUGGUGUCCACUGUGUUUUAUACAGUACCUUUUGGUUCACUUUGGAAAUUUUUACUAAAAAUUGCAAAAAAUAAAGUAUGUGCAAAGAUGUAAGGUUUUUUGAAACUUGAAAUGCAUUAAUAAAUAGACUUGAUGAAAUCAACUGGAAGGUUCCAUACUCUUUGAACUAUGAAAACUAUCAAAAGAAGCUGCCUAGAAGGCAUCUUUUCCUUACCAAGGGAAUGAGGUCAGUCAACAGAAAGAGGACUGUCUGUUCCCGCAGUAGUGUAGCUGUCUUUAUUCCUGGUUUGGAGUCCAUGUAGAAAAUGGAUCAUUAGAUAUCCUGUUAACACAAAACAACAUUUAAAAACACUCAGGGAACCUCAACUGCUUUACGUUGUUUCUAAUCAGCAGUCGGAGUGUUUGUCUUGGUGGAAGAACUGAGUCAUUUUGGAAACUUGUGGUCUUAUAGGUAUUUUGCAAGGUUCUGAAUGCUAAGUAUCUCAUUUAUUUUAAAAGUAUGGUUUUAUGAUAAACAUAUUUUAAAAUUUUGAGCCAGCGUUUUCCUACUUUGUCAGAUUCAGAUUCAUAGGGAAUAAGGAGAGAAUUCACAUUUCAGCAUUGUCUAGAAAAAGAAUUGGGCAAAAGAGAGCAGAACAUGUAUGCCCGGAUGGUGCCUGCACAGAACAAUCUAACCCAAACUCUUUUUUUUAAAAUCCAGGUCAGGUAUAAAUAAGUAAUAUUUGUUAAAUGAGUAAAUAUGAAAUAAUUUUUAAAGUUACUUUGUUAAUUUAGGACCAUCAAAAGGUAAUAUUAUGUUUAUUCAUGAAACCAUCAAUAUUAAUGUAGAUAAUUGCAAAUUUAUUUUUAUUUAUAAUUGAAUGCUUACAUUUUCGUUGUUUAGAACAUCCCUCUCCCCAGAGUUCUCUGAAUUCAGGCAGCUCUGAAAUCAGCCACAAAGUCAAGUCGGAGUUCUCAGAGUCUCCGGAGGCCGCGUCCAGUGGUUCAUGCGGCUUUGGAAAGGCCUUAUUUAAGGGAAAGACAGUCGAGCUGAUCAGUCGUGUCUUGUGAGGAGCCUUAAGCACUUUGUGCUUUUGGCAAUUCAUGUUUGUCACAUCCACAGACUGGCGAAAACUGAACAUUUAGCCAAAUUGAGCAAACUACUCUUAACUCCUUGUCUCUGUCCCUUUUGUCUGUAUAUUUUAAAACCUUAUAAUUCUUAUUUCUCCAAAGAUGGGGUAAGUGUCCAUAGCACCUGUGAAUUGGGUGCUUGUGUUUGACAAGGCUUUUUAACUUCUCUUUAAGUAUUUCUAAUAGAAGUAUAAGAGGGUUGUUAUGGGUUGAAUUGUGUUCCUCCGAAACAUACGUUGAAGUCCACACCCUUGGUACCUGUGGACAUGCCCUUAUUUGGAAAUUGGAUCUUUGAAGGUGUCAGCAGUUAACUUGAGGUCUUAAUCCAGUUUGAGUAACAUUCUUAUAAAGAAAAGGGACAGACAGGAAAACGGUCCUGCGAUGGAGUUAAGCUGCAGCUGCUCGCCCAGGAGCGCUUGGGGCUGCCAGAAACUACUGGAAACGUCUUCCCCAGAGCCCUUGAAGAGAACACAGCCCUGCGAUAGCCUGAAUUCGGGCUUGUAGCCGGCAGGAUUGUGAGACAGUGUGUUUCUAUUCUUGUAAGCCGCUGGUUGGUGGUGUUUUGUACAGAGGCCCAAGGACACUCUGCAGGAGCCGGUGUAGUAAAUGUGCCACUCCAAAGCAGAGGUGACACCCACUUCAGGGGAAGGGGGUGGGGGGAAGCUCAGGGUCUCCCAACACUAGAGCAAACUGGAUGUUUUAAAGCAGCUGCUGGUUCAUCUUUACAGAAGUCAGCGAAGUUGUAAAAAAUUGUAGUUUUCUGAAAAACAUUUGUGACUUCUAAGAAAAUUAAGAUGAUUAGUCUGCCCUACAGAGCUCAGCUUCACUUCUAACGUUUUGGACUCUGUGUUCUCGAUUAACAACAUUUUCCGUUUGAGUCACUUUUCCAUGUAUUACAAAUUUAGUUUUCCCAUUAUUUUCUGUAUCCAACCGUUUGUUAUGAGAAUGCAAAUUGAGCCCUGUGUUCUAUAUUGCAUUGCUAUAUUUGCAUGCCUUACAUAUGUGCAUAUAUGCUCUAUUUUCAGUAGAAAUUCGUGUAUUUUAUUACUGAUCAACUCCUCUGACUGACUGUUCUCUCCUAUUAAAAGCAACAGGAUGCUAGGUAAAAAUGGAGAGUUGAAGGAAAUAUUUAUUAGCCUCUGUUCUUCCCUAAAACCCCAACUAAAAUGACAGAGGAUUGGAGAAACAAGAGCAUGCUCCAACAAGGACAAGGCGACUUGAAGAGAAGAUUACAAGAAUAACAUUUUGGAAGCUGGAAAGCAGGUGGAGGAGGAGUAUCUGAGUUGGUGACCCAGGAAAGCCACCAUCAGUGGAGAUGCAGAGAAGCAGCCCAGUCUGCACUGUUAAUACUUUGGGACAUAUCCUUCAAGACUUUUCUACGACUGUGGCUAAAGGCAUGAUAUGCACACUUUUGUAACCCACCUUUCUUAAUUAACAAUACAUUGAUAUUGUAUCUUUAUCAUUUUAAUGACUAUAAAUAUUUUGUUCUCUGGAUGUAUUGUACAUUUUUUACUUAACCAAUUCUCAAUUGUUUGGACAUUUAGAUUGUUUCCAGAUUUUUCAUUAAACAAUCCUAAACCUAAUAAUAAAUAACAUAAAUUCCUAAAAAUGGAAUUGCUGGGUUAAAGGCUUUUUAAAA